UUUUCAUACAACUGUUUGGUUUUUUCUUUGCUAUCAUUGCAAAUUGCACUCCUAUAGAUUUUUGUACGUGCAAGGUGUUUUAUUUACUCGAAAACAAAAGAUAAACGGGUCAUUAAAUCUAUAUUAUAUUUGUAAAACUUGAAGAACAAAACAACCAAUAGAUUUUACACAUGGCUAGUAAUAUUGGCGACGUCGAAAAACUUCCCUUCGAAAUUAAUAAAUAUUCCAGCUAUGCUACAUCUUAUUUACCAGAGAAUAUUUUGGAAGACACUCCGAGCAAUCAGGCAUCAAGAUGGUCAUCGAACACAAACAAUCCUCCACAGUUUCUUACGCUUAAACUUAAACGGCCGGCCAUUGUGCAAAAAAUUAAAUUUGGCAAGUUUGAGAAAUCACAUGUAUGCAAUUUAAAAAAAUUUCGAGUAUAUGGCGGACUGGACGAAAAUCAAAUGAUACUGCUUUUAGAAAGCGGUCUAAAAAACGAUUCAAUACCUGAAAUUUUUAGUUUGAGGUAUCUUACUGAAGAAGGGGAUAAAUUUCCAAUAUUAUAUAUAAAAAUUAUGCCGCUUUUGUCUUGGGGACCAAGUUUUAAUUUUAGCAUUUGGUAUGUUGAAUUACAUGGACAGGACGAUCCCAUGUUUAUGGGUUUAAGUUUGAAAAACUACAGCACGUUACGCGAAAUUGAAAUAAUAAAGCUAUGCCUAAAACACUUUCGGCAACAAGGUUAUGAUAACGCCUUUAAGGCCUUACAAGAAGAAACAAAUAUCCGUUUGGAAAAUCAACUUAUUACUGACUUACAUCAUUGUUUGGUAGCUAGAGGAGAUUUUAACAAAACCGAAGAACUUAUUGAAAAAUGUGUGGCGGAAGGACUUAUGGAUGCAUAUUUGGAGAAACAAGAUUACAAACACUCUUGGAAACUACAAGAAGCAAAGAGUGCAUAUCAACCUGGAACACGUGGAGGUCAUCAGUUAGUAAUUGACCCUAAAAAAAGUUUGGUCUACUUAUUUGGAGGAUGGGAUGGAUUUCAAGAUAUGAGUGAUUUUUGGGUAUUUCAUAUAGGUACAUGUACAUGGACGUUACUUUUUGAGCACUCCGAGCGAUUUGGAGGUCCUACGCCUCGCUCUUGUCAUAAAAUGGUAUUCGAUCCUGUAAGCGAGAAUAUUUUUAUUCUCGGUCGAUAUUUAGAUAAUUCAAUCAGAACUAUUGAUUAUACGAAGAGCGAUUUCUAUCUGUUUGAUACUAGUGCAUGUACUUGGUUACAAAUAUGUGACGACACAAGCCAAGUAAGUGGACCGCAACUUGUUUAUGAUCAUCAAAUGUGUAUUGACGUCGAGAAACGAAUGAUUUAUGUGUUUGGCGGUAAAAUUCUGACUCCAAGAAGUGUGAGUAGUAUUGCAUCUGGUGAACCCGACUACUCUGGGCUUUUCUCUUAUCACAUUGCAACAAAUACAUGGACACAAAUUCUUGUUGAUUGUCACCAUCCUUUGGCUUGUCAGUCAGAAGUGUUAUCCAUUAAAUCUCGCAUAACACAUUGCAUGGUUUUUCACAGUAAAACAAGAAAAUUAUAUAUAUAUGGAGGACAGCGAGGCAAAGAGGAUAUUGAAGAAUUUAUUUCAUAUGAUGUAGAUACCCAAGUCAUAAGCUUACUCAACAAAGACAAUAAAUGCUAUGAAAAUAAGAAUGAACCGUCGGCUGGUUAUACUCUUCGCGCUACAAUUGAUUGUGAUAGAGACGAAAUUUAUGUUUUUUCUAGUUUGAGCAAACAAAAGGACCGUAGAGAUAUCCAACAAGUAGACGCAUCGAACUCGUUCUGGGUAUAUUCUCUGCAGAGAAAUACAUGGUCUCGAAUCUACACGCGUCGUUACGUUGCUGAAUCUAAGCAGGAUAAAUUGUCAACUUCAUUGAGUGAGCCAUGUCCAAGGUAUGCCCAUCAACUGGUUUACGACGAAGUUGCUAAGCUGCAUUAUUUGUUUGGUGGAAACCCAGGAAAAGCCACCUUGCCACAGCUUAGACUUGAUGACUUUUGGAUAUUAGAAUUGGAAAAGCCGACACGUGAAGAAAUUUUAAAUCAUUGUCGAUAUCUAGUUAGGAAACUUUUUUAUGAAGAAAUAUCGAGGAUUAACCCUAUAAAAGCUCUACGCUACUUACAAACGCAUGUUUCAGAAGUUAUAAAUCAUUCUGAUCCAGUGCAGUUGAAUAAUUUCCAUAAAUUGGCCGCAUUUUUGUUUAGACCAGAAGACCCAAUAUCCGUGGGUCAAUUGACUUUAGCUACAUUAUCAGUUGAAAGUGACAAUCGAGAAGGAAAAGCGGAAACUGCUGAUAAUGAAAACGAAUCCCCUAAAGAAUCUCAUGACUGCACUUCCUCUUUAUCGGAUAGUAAAUUAUAUAACCUUUACAAAAAGAGUGGAGGAAAACUAGCCAAACAGGACUAUCUUUUUGAAAUGAGGAGUCAUAGAGCGUUUUUAUUCAACAAACUUUCGCAACUAAUGCCAACCAAUAUAGUCCAGCCAAAAGGGAAUUUAAGUGACUUUAUAUUGACAUAAUUCUAAAUGCUUUUUAUAUUUUUUUUGGCAUGAUCAUAGACUUAAGAAUUUGUAUAAGUGUUUUCAAAGGCAAUUUGUUUGUAUAAGAUGCGAUAUUAAAGUUAAGAGUAUUUAAAUUUAUAAUUUUAUGUUGUGUUGUUUCGAAGUGAUUUUGUUUAAUUUUGAUAUGUAUUAAAAUUGUAAUAUUAUUCUACUGUAAUUAAAGUUUAGAGAAAAUUGUUUCAAAAAUGUAA